GCGACAGAGCGAGAAGAACGUCCGUGCGAAGCACCUAGCAGAAGAUAACGGCCGCCAUUUUUCUUCUGACAUUGCCAUUCGUAGGUGCUCUCCUGGUGUUAUUUGUCACGGGGAUCUUUAAUUGUCUCUCCUCUCCUCUCGUUCCUUUCUCUAUAUCUAUCCUCGCUUCUAGUUGAACCCGACGACAAUAUCGAUAACGAGGAAGAGGGAGCGACGACGGGGCGGCGGCGACGACGACAAGGACGGCAAGCGAUAGUGGUGAUCCUAGUGAUACCCGUACAGGCUCUGUGUAUAGUGCGCAUUAAGAGAUAAGAGCCGAGUGUAGAGAUAACGAUAAGACGUCAGUGAUAACUCGUGUCUGCUCUCAUCAUCGGCGACGGCGGCGCAGGAGGGUGAAAAGGAGGAAGAGAAGAAGCAGUAGUAGCAGUAGCGGUGUGACGGGUAUUCUCGUGCGAACGAUACGAACGGCAGUUUACGAUCGUCAAUCACGUACGGCCGGGUGAAAAAGAAAUUUGUUCGCGGUUGACCGACAGACUGACAGGAGAGAGAACAAGGACGAGGACGACGAUACGACGUUCUCGAAGACGGUUCACCAUCUAGGGCUAUCGGCAAACGUUUAUCUAUUCGUGAAAGGACGGCUGCCCUUUCGCUUUGCGGAACGACGAAGUGGAUCAUCGACGUGGUGCUCGUCGUUGAUAUCGUAUUGUCAGAUCGUGGUCACGCGUCACCGCGUACAUCAGCAGCAGCGCCACCGGGAUGGAGAGGCGAGCCGUUUUUGUGCUGCUGGGGCUGCUAUAUUUAGCGGUGGGCACCCUCGUCACGGUCCAGGCAGUGACGUAUUCGGGACCGAUGGUCGUUCACGAAGGACAAGCUUGGGAGAUUGAGUGCAACGACUUGAAGGCCGAUGAUCCCAUUAGAUGGACCAGGAAUGGCCAGACGCUAGAACCCGAACUGUCCAGUGGUCAAUUGGUUGUCCUCUCAAAGCCUGGCACCGGCACCAGCAAACUUUCGGCGACCCAAGCGACGGAGAGCCACGACGGAGAUUACAAAUGCACCUCCAAUAGUGCAGAUUUUUUCCAUCUCUCAAUAUAUUUCGAUAUAAAGAUUAGAGUACUUACGUCCAAGGACAUACCUUUGGUACUCGAAUGCGCAAACAAGAGUGAUAAAGUGCAAUGGCAGAAGGAGAAGAUGCCGUUGAGCAUAGCGCUAACUGGCAAUGAAGACAUCAUCAAAAUUGACAACGACACCGGCAACCUGGAGAUUUUAAAGGAUAAGAAAGAGGCUUAUGGAAAUUACACUUGUAAAUUAGGCACAAACUCCACUAUUGAAUACAGAGUCGUACCGAGGCCGAUAGCGCAUUUGGCUGAAUCUACUAGCGUGGUGGAAGGUGAGAAGCUGCACUUGGUGUGCGCUGCAAAAGAUCCGAGCCCCGGCGUAAAAAUAUCUUGGACUUUCGGGGAUCAAAAUUAUACGCGUAGCAAGGAUCGUGUGAAGAUCGCCAAGGAUUCGGAGACUGGUAUCUACGGCGCUGUUCUAAUCGUCGACAACAUCGAGAUGAACGAUCGCGGUAACAUUAUCUGCAGGAUGUCAUACAACUGGUCCGAUCCCGUUGCAGAACACUCAUCGGAGGCCGAGACAUUGCUCAGAGUCAAGGAUAAACUCGCUGCACUUUGGCCCUUCCUAGGCAUUUGCGUGGAGGUCGUUGUUCUGUGCGCCAUCAUCUUGGUCUACGAAAAGAAGCGAAAUAAGGCCGAACUCGAGGAGUCCGAUACUGAUCAGAGCCCUGAUACUAAACCGACACCCAACAAGGAAUCCGAUGUCAGACAGAGGAAGUGAAACAACAAAUAGAUGAAUGAGAGCGAUGCGAUAGAAAUGGAACAAGGGGCUGUCAGUGUCACAGAGUGUUAUAAAGGAAAUUCAUAAAGAUAAUGGAACUUGAAUGAGAGAGAUAUGUCACAAAUGUGGAAUAAACACUAAAAAAUGGACUGCAGCAAGUUUGAGUGAGCCAUUCAUAGUGCACGCUUGCAUGAAAGCAGGUUCCGUGCAGCAAAAGCGUGCAUAGCAGGAUCACACAAGUUACUAACAAAUUAAAUUAAGCCUUAUUACUGGUGUUCACUCCAUUUAUCAGAUGUUCGCCUGUUCGUAUUCUCUAACUACACCGCUUUGACCGACGGAGAAAAAAAUAUGUUGACACGAGUUAUAUGUAUAAGUGCCGAUGAUGAUGACAGGAGUGUGUGCGGGAAUGAAGGGUGAGAGAGAGAGAGAGAGUAAAAUAGAGAGAAAGAGAGAGAGAUAGAAAAAUAAUGCAUGUAUGAAUGAAAAGUUAAAAAGAAAACAGAAAUCGCGACAAGUCGAAAAAUAAGCAUGCUCGUCGAACGCGAGUACAUAUAAUUUUUACAAAACGUUUCGAGGUGCGAAUUUCUGAUAAACACCAGUAUAAUCGCACGUUUAUUCGUCACGUGCAUUCUGCGUGACAUUUGCGCUCGCACGUUCGUCGAGCAUGCCAUGGAAGUAUUAAAUUCGCGCAGAAACCGUUUCUCAAACUUCGCACGUGUGACAGAAGAAAAUCAAUAAAAUAAACUUUAUGGUAGGGCCGAAAAUAUGUGCUCGAUAUUAGUUACAUAAUAUAAUAGGAAAGCGGGCAGUGCGUGCCACAAUUGGCUUCCGGAUAUAUGUUCGUGUACUUUCGAAUGUACAAAAAGAAGAGAAAGAAAGGGAGGGAGGGAGAGAGAGAGAGAGAGAAAUAAAAAAAGAAAGAAAGAAAGAAAGAGAGAGAGCCUAUCUUUGGCGUCGCCUUACAUUACGAUAUAUUCCAUCGCACUAAUGGAGAAUCCCGGAAGUCUGGCUGCACGCGACGCCGUUGUUAACGACAUUAAUGUAAUUAAUACUGUAAUAUUAUUGCCAUCGUUACUACUGCUACAAUUAUCGUUAUUAUGAUUAUUACAAGUAUUAUACCGUUAAUUUUAUCACUAUUGUAAUAAUUUAUAAUCCGUACCAUCACGAUUCUCUAUAUCGACAGUGUCAUCAUUGUCAUAGGCAUCUUUUAUCUAUAACAACUAAACAAUCAUUUUAAUUGUCGCAGAUAUACUGCGCACAUUUAUUUCCAUCGUUAUAUCGUGUGUAUCGUCGCUUCUUCUAUGACAUUCUUCUUUGUAGAUAUAUAUACAUAUAUAAUACUUUGAAAAUAAGUAAUGGUAAUUUAUCAAAGAAAUAGGACGCAUCAAUUUUAUUUAAAAAUGUACAAAUAUUUUAUUAUUUAAACGUCCAUGCUUGCUCUUUUUAAGUAGAUGCAUUUAUUGGACGUGCCUUGAUACUGUUGCGCGUAGUCAAUGGACGCGUAUCCAUCGAACGAAAUAUUAAUUUAGAUACAUGAUUUUCUGAGUCUUCGAUCUUAUAAGUUUCAUAAUAAUUUGAUCUUAUUAAUUUAGGAUUCAUGGAUCUCUGUAUGUACUCCAUAACCUUAGAGCGCCAUAUUUUCUUGAUAUUAAAUUUUAAGAUCGUUGGAUUGUU